AUGCCGGGAAAUUUUACGCAUCUCAUGGAUACUGACACAUCGAACAUCGCCGACAUUUCAGCCAAUUCGUCCUCGGUAGAGUCCCCUCCAACAGAUUGGUUCACAGUGGUCUUCCCCGUCGUAACAGGUCUCCAUGUCUUUCUUAACGCCCUGGUCCUCCUACCGUUUAUUGUGAAAGAAGACCUCCGUACAUCCUUCACCGUUUAUGUCAUCUGUCUUUCGCUCUCCAACACAAUCCAAGGUUCUGUAAUGAACGUUAUUCAGCUCAUCGGUUUAUAUCGCGUACCUUUCUGGGCCAUAAAGAAUGAAUUCGAAUGCUCGGUGUAUCUGUACAUGGACAGUGUAUUUGCCGCCGGUGCCACUUACUGCCACGUCCUCAUCACCAUCAACCGUCUCUGGGCGCUGACCUUUCCGGUAUCCUACCGCCAAUCCCACACGAAGGGCGUGGCCAUUGUGAUUUGCGGGGCGAUGUGGUUGUACGUGCACGCGAUCUCUCUACCUUUCUAUCUCCAGGACGAAGUAGUGUACCGCCGCCGCCCGGUGGCGGUGAACGGAUGCAUGGCUAAUACUGAAGCGCAGCCGCACUGGGUGUUGGUGGUUGUGGUGUCCAUGUACAUUAUUCCCACGGUGGUUAUUUUGGGAGCGUACCCGUUUCUAUGGUAUUUUCAUCAGAUCCGCAAUAAACGCGUUGGACAGACCGUGGAUACCGGUACGCAGGAGCAGCCACGGAUGCUGCGGCGGCAAGGAAGAAGCGGGGAAGCGUUCAGGGUGUUAACGUGUCUGACAAUUACCAUCGCGGUGUGCUGGCUGCCGACGGAUUCGCUGUAUAUCCUGCGGACGGUCAGCUCGUUUGACACUUCGUUUCUGGAUGAGCCGGCCCUAGUUUUGUAUGUCUUACAAGGUGUUAUUGAUCCGGUGCUGUUUGUUAUCUCCCUGCGGGAUUUAAAAAAAUUUAUUAUGGCGAUCCUAUGCCACAUGCAUAGGUAA